AUGAAUCUGUCAUCACGUCUGAAUUGUAUUAAACAGUUUCAAUUGAAACGUUUAUCACAUAUUAUUGAUCAUUCAUUAUUAUAUACUACGUCUGCAGCAUGUCAGCAUCAACAACAACAACCUAUUCUUCAAUUAAAUACUUCUAAUAUUCAACCAACUUCAAGAUUAAUAAAAAACUUAAUAGAAAAUAAUAGACCAUUUCAAAAAUGGUUCAACAGUAUUCUACGUUCAUUCUCAAUGACACAGAAAGAAUUUCUAAUGAUGUCAUCAAUAAAAAGUGAUCCGCGUAAUUUUCCACCCGAACCUGGAGUUGGAAAAAACACUUUAUCUGAUAAUGAAAGUUCAUCGACAAAUAAUGAUGAUCCAAAUAAAGAGCAACAACCACCAACAGGUCCUCCUCCAAUAAAUCCGCGAAUAAUACUUACCAUUUUUCUCGUAUCUAUGAUCUUAACCUUUUUUACUUCAAGCCGAGAUAAACAAAAUGGAGCGAAUGGUCUCAGUCAAGGUUAUAUAUCCUGGAAUGAAUUUGUUCAAGAUAUGCUAUCGAAAGGAGAGGUCGAAGAAGUUGUUAUUCAUAUCGAAGAAGAACUUGCUUAUGUAAAACUACAUCCACAACCUGUUGUAAAAGGACGAAAACUUUUCGAUCGAGAUACAUUUGUUAUGAAAAUAAGUAAUGUUGAUAAAUUUGAAGAAAAACUACGAAAAGUUGAAGCAGAUCUAAAUAUUGAUCCAACAAGUCGAAUACUAGUCAGUUAUACACGAAAUAGCCAAUGGCCAAUGGUUAUAUUUUUUCUUUCAACUCUUGUACUCAUCUUUGCUUUUCUCAAAUCUCGUGUUAAAAUGAGUUUUGCCAAUCCAAUGGACAUGAUGACGAAAGCAAAAUUUACUAUGGUUGAUCCGCAUAUAAAAGUAACUAUACCCAAAAUCACAUUUCGCGAUGUUGCUGGUAUGCGAGAAGCUAAACAAGAAGUUAUGGAAUUUGUUGAAUAUAUGAAAUCACCACAAAAAUUUGUUGAUUUAGGAGCAAAAGUUCCUAAGGGUGCUUUACUUCUCGGUCCACCAGGUAUUGGUAAGACAUUACUAGCUAAAGCAGUUGCUGCUGAAGCUGGUGUGCCGUUUCUUUACAUGGCCGGAUCAGAAUUUGUUGAAGUCAUUGGCGGUCUUGGUGCUGCUCGUGUUCGAGAUUUAUUUCGAGAAGCUCAUAAACGAUCUCCAUGUAUUAUUUACAUCGAUGAAAUUGAUGCAAUUGGCAAAAAACGACGUGGCGAAAAUAAAUCAAGUUAUAUGACUAGUAGUGAAGAAGAGCAUACAUUAAAUCAAUUGUUAGUUGAGAUGGAUGGUCUUGAAUCAAAAACAAAUGUAAUUAUGCUUGCAUCAACCAAUCGGCCAGAUGUUCUUGAUAAAGCAUUACUUCGCCCGGGCCGUUUCGAUCGACAUAUACUCAUCGACUAUCCAACAUUACCUGAACGUGUGGAAAUCUUAGAUGUUUAUUUAAAAAAGCUUAAACUAGAAAAAGAUAUUAAAUUCUAUUCAGGACGUUUAGCACAAUUAACACCUGGAAUGAGCGGAGCUGAUUUAGCGAAUAUAUGUAAUGAAGCUGCAUUAUAUGCUGCACGUGAAGGGAAAAAAGUGAUUGAUCGAACUGACUUUGAAAUAGCUGUUGAACGUGUACUUGCCGGUGCAGCUAAAAGAGACAAUACAAUGGCACCAGCAGAAAAACGUACAGUCGCUUUUCACGAAAGUGGCCAUGUUAUCGCUGGUUGGUUCUUAAAGACAACAUGCUUGCCAUUAAAAGUGACGAUUGUACCAAGAACUGGACCAGCCCUUGGCUUUGCACAAUAUAUGCCGAAAGAUAGAAAAUUAUUGCACGAAGAUGACUUCGAUGAAGAUUUAUGUGUAAUGUUAGGCGGACGAGUCGCUGAACAAGUUGUAUUUAAUACAGUAUCGACAGGUGCUCAAGAUGAUUUAAGAAGAGCUACGAAAUUAGCGUAUGCUCAAAUAAAACAAUAUGGUAUGAGUAAAACCAUUGGCUUAAUUUCUUUUCCUGCUGAUCAACAAAAUCCACAAAAUGAUGAUUUUGGAGUUAAGCCAUAUAGUAAACGAUUACAACGCAUGAUGGAUGAGGAAGCACAACAACGUCUUGCUAAUGCCUUUAAACGCACAGAGAAAUUAAUGACCGAAAAUCGAGCAAAACUUAAUAUCUUAGCAGAACAAUUAUUGGCACGUGAAACACUUAACUAUGAUGAUAUUGUUCAACUCAUUGGUCCUUCACCUUAUCCUAAUAAACAAAAAUUAGAUAUUAUCGAAUGGAAUGAUUCAGUUUCAACACUAAAAUCUUCGACGACUCCACCAUCAUCUGAACCAUCAAGUGGCACAGGCAAAGAUACAGCAGGUGAAAGCCCAUCAUCUUCACAACAGAAUUCUCAUUUCACAUCGUGA